AUGAUCCCACCUUGUGACCCAGCAAUUCUCGAAAGCAAUCCUCAAUUCAAACGGCUUUACCAGAAUUUAACAACCUCAUUACUGAACCCAGAUGGCUCGACGCGUGCCAACGAUGCGCAGCCGGCCAGACAAGAAGUCCUGGAAGACUUGAAGAGCUGUCGAAUGCGGCAUGCAAAGAAGCAGAUUAAGAAGCAGACGCUGAGGCAGCUCGCCUUCGAUCCCGACAGUGGACUGCCAGAUGAGUAUCGAGAUCCUGUCGCCGUGAUUACACUUUAUCUGGAAUCACCGCGUAGCCAGAUCGACCUCGACCAAGACGAUCGCAAUGGAGAAGCAGACAAUACGUUAUCUCUCCUCGCCCCAGACAUUGAUACAUUUUACUCCAGCAUCCCCGCAUUGAUUCGACCCUUUUCCAACCGACUUUCGUCCGCCAUUUCCGACCUCCGAGUAAUCACAAACGCUGGGGGUCCUGUGCAGUCUGCCCCCGAAGCAUCAGCUGUAUCUACAGAGACUUCUCGGCCGCGUGGCCGGGGUCGGCAGUUUUCGUCUAAAGCUACAACACAGCCCCUUGUAUCCACGAAACUCAAUGAGCGACUGCAGGCCCUUCGUGAGAUCCAGCUGUCGCAGCUACCCGCGGCCCGGAAGGAGAUAGCAGCAAUGGCAGCGGGGGUUCUGGCGGCACGGGCUCAGGUCAUGGAGCGGACGGUCAUGAUAUUAGAGCGUGCGAAACAUGGGGCUAUGGCGAGAGCUACCAGGGCCAAGGCAGAGAAUUUAGCCACUGUGGCAGAAGGAGUUGAAGGAAAACUGAGUGUGAUGAAAUACGACAUAUCGAAUGCGAUAUAUACUCCAGACACCGUCGCUGCACUUAACCGAUACCGUCAUCAUCUUCGAGACGUUCGGGAACGACUGGAAGAAAGGCAGACGCUAGCUAUGGAGGAGCUGGCGACUUAUGAAGUUGAUGAUGCGGACGACCAUGAUCCCAUGACUGAUAUCGUGCGACGAUAUAUGGCACUCAUCAAGGAAAUCGAAAAUAAUAAAACAGACAAAAAAACAAUCAAAAUGGCCGACGAAUCACUCUCCAUCUAUGACGAGAUCGAAAUCGAAGACAUGACCUUCGACCCAAACAUCCAAACCUACCACUACCCAUGCCCAUGCGGUGAUCGAUUCGAGAUCGCAAUCGACGACCUCCGAGAUGGGGAAGAGAUUGCCGUGUGUCCUAGCUGCAGUUUGAUGAUUCGGGUUAUUUUCGAUGUGUCGGAUCUCCCCAAGGCUGAAGACCAGCAAACAGCAGUCCCGGUGAAGGCAUGA